GGCCAGUUUAUACAUCCUUGAAUAAACUCAGGUUAACUCAGGCUGCCAGAGAGCCCAGUAGAUGUGACAUCCAAACCUGUUGGGUAGCAUUAUUUGACAUUAGGACUUGGCUUCAAUAGGAUUGGCACAAAGCACAAUGUGUAUUGAUCAUGUAGAAAAUAUAUGUAUUCUGAACGGUGUAAAGCCAACUCUGACUUCCCAUUUCUGUUUUAGGGUAUUUAUCUGUUGGGAUGUCAUCGAUAAAUAGGAAGAAGGGCCGCUAUCUAAUUCCCACCUUGCAGUCCCUCUUCGGACAGUCGUCUUCUGAAGAGCGCUCAGACAUGGUGGUGAUAGUGCUGCUAGCAGAUUUUGAUGUCAGCUGGAGAGUUGCCACAGUGAGGGAGAUCAAAACUGCAUUUGCCUCAGAGUUGGAGCAAGGCCAGCUGGUAAUCAUCCAUGUUCCUGAGGACUACUACCCUCCCCUUACAGGUUUAAAGAGGAACUACAAUGAUGCUCCGCAGAGGGUAUCGUACCGCUCCAAGCAGAACUUGGAUUACUCCUUCCUCAUCCACUACAGUGCCAGUCUUGCCAAGUACUAUAUCCAGCUGGAGGAUGACGUCUCAUCUGCCAAAAACUUCCUCACCACCAUCAGGAAGCAUGUUGGGGAGCAAGAGGCAAAGAAGACCACUUGGACAAUGCUGGAAUUCUCAGCCCUUGGCUACAUCGGGAAGCUCUACAAAUCCGCCCAUCUUCCUCUCUUGGCCCGCUUCCUCUUCCUCUUCUACCAGGAAAUGCCUUGCGACUGGUUGAUGUCUCACUUUCGAGUGCUGCUGACUCAGAAGGAGACGAUCAUUUUUAAACCAUCGCUGUUCCAGCACAUGGGCACUUUCUCCUCGUUCGAAGGGACAUACAACAAGCUUAAGGACAAGGACUUUGAAGAAGGGCUCUACGCCAAUCCUGCAGCUGAAGUUUACUCUGAUAUGUCCACCUACGAGAAACAUAUCCCCAAAAAUGCCUGGGAAGCAGGGGAGGAAUUCUUCUGGGGGAUUGCCCCAGAAAAGGGAAAUUACCUGACUGUGGUGUUAACAAUUCCUGCAGUGGUGACAGAUAUAUUUGUAGAAACUGGGUCAGAGGGUAAAGACCUCCUGGAGUCAGCUCAGGUGGAGUUGGGCCAUGACGUUACAAUCGAGAACUCUGAGAAGAGUUGUAAGGCGUUCCAGUCAGUCGGGACAGUAGUGAACGGGAGGUUUGAGAUGCAUGAGGUAAACAAAAAGUAUAACUCUGCUUUAUCCUGUCUGAGGAUACAAGUCACAGCAGGACAGAGGGACUGGGUGAUCAUCAAGAAAAUCCGGAUCACAACAGGGCUGAGUACACAUCCAUGACAAGCAGAGGUGUGACUCUCUAUUCCUGUCAGACUCCUUUAUUUUUAUGUGACAAUAUGAAGAAAAUGUUUGACCAAACUCUGUGGUGUGUCUCUUCAACAUU